CAAAAAUAUUGAUACUGAAAAACUCUUGGAUUUAAAAAAAAUAUAUAUUUAUAAAGACAGCAUUUUCUUUAGGUGAGUCUGUUCUGUCGUGCUGCUGACUCAGGGUUCAAAGCUACAAGGCCCAGUUAUCUGAUUUGCAUCAGAAUUGCAUGCAUAGGAAGGUUCAUCCUUCCUGUAGACAGCUGCCUCUGACUUGAUUAAAGGGCCAUUCCUCUCAAUUGAAUGAGUCUGGAAGACAUUUGACCCGCUCUGUCUCGAAGCUGGAAAUACGUAAAACUAGAACUGAGAUAUUUUAUGUUGACCAAAGGCAUUUUUAAACAGGGUUUGUGAUUUGUAAAUCCUUUUAAAUUUGUGAAAAAUCAAAAAGAAAAUGUAGAUAGACAAAUUUAGAUUGAGUUUACAACACAGGAAAAGCUUAAACCUUGACAGAAUUAUUGUACACUGACCGAUCAUAAAAAAUACAGUUUAGUUUGUAAAACCUUUAUCCAAUGUUUGACAGUCUCAAACAUAAGGCUUUUUUUUAGCCUGAGAACUUUAGAAAGUCCAACUUGAAAAUUAUGCCACCCAGGUAGCCAAAGCAUGGAGAGAAUUAUUGUACAUUAAUGACAGAUUAUAUAAAACACAGUUGGUGAUUUCUGAAGCCUCUAUCCAAUUAGUGAAACUUUGAAAAUGACAGAUUUUAAGGUGUUUUUUUAUUUCUUUUUGUUUUGCCUGCAACCACCUCAGUAGGGGUCCAACUUGAAAACAGCAGAUAAAGAAAUCAUCCAUGCUGAGAUGGAAGAAAGGUGAGAUAAAACUGUAAACACUUUCAGAAAGAGGAAUCUAUAUAUAUAUAUAUAUAAAAAAUAAACAAGAAAAGAUGCAACAACUUGAAUAUUUUCUCUUCUGUUGUACUGAGUGGAGCCUAAAAAUGGAGACCCAGCCAACUAUAAACUUCCAGCUAAAAGACUCCCAGCAGACCGCGGCAGUCUACAGGUUCAGGGUUCUGGUAAAUCCUUCAGAUUUAAUAGAAGUAGAUCCUGGAUUAGGGGACUAUGUCCUGCAUGACCCCCUCAGGGCGACUGUGCUGUUUCAGUCAGUUUGUUUCUUGGCUAUAAAGACACUUUCACUUACUGAAAAAAUACAUACAGCGAGUCAGGUGAAUGUUUCUCUGUCUUUUACACACCUUCCUCCAUUCCCCGAGUACACGCUGGACCUUCGUAGUUUCCACCGAGUGUUUGGUCCUAUGACACCGGUCUCCAUGGAAGGGGCGGUCAUUGCCAUGACAAGGGUCACGAAAUACACCCAGGGCGCGAGGUUCCUCUGCACUGAUGACGACUGCCCUGGCUCUACAGGGUUCCACCACAUCCGAGUCCAUGCACCCGGAGCCACUGAAUCAGCCACUGUGAGAAACGACUUCAGCUGCAUGAUCUGCAGCUCACAGCUGAAAGAAGAUGUGAAGUUUAGAGUUUUAGGAGACAAACAGCUGGUGGAGCUGAUCCAUGUUAAAGCGCUAGAUGUUCUGAGAGGCCAUCAGCAGAGCUCAUUCAGAUACCAAUCUGUCACUCUGUUUCUGAGAGAUGAGCUUUGCCACUCCAUGACAAUCGGUCGACUCUACAGGGUGGUGGGCAUUCCCUCGCUUGUGUAUCAGUGGCCAAGCAUCACCUGGAGUGUAGAGGCAAACAGUGUCCAACCGUGGGAGCUACAGCGCUGCCAUAAAGCGUCCCCCAGAUUCCUGGAGCUGUCAGACUGCAUGGCCUCUUCUCCUUGGAGGUUCCCUGCCAUCGUAGCUCACUGCUUCGGGUCGGACCUGACUCCUCCUGGCUCGUAUAACACACUUAAACUGUGCCUGCUGCUAAGCUUGGUGCAAACUAGAACAGAUGCAAACGAAGCGUUUCACAAUUUGGAUCUCCUCGCGGUCACAGAUGAUACACUCGUAUUAGACAGGCUAAUGACGUACAGUUUGAGUUUGGCGUGUCGUGGGGUCAGGCAUCAGGCCUUCGGGGAGAUAUUCGCCUGCCUGUCCCGAGACGAACACGGAGCCGGCACCGCCAACAUCCACGCUGGUUCUGCAUUACUCGCCUCUGGGGGCACUUGCAUGCUGGGAGAUCUUGGCUUUUACAAAAAGGACAAACUGGACUACAUACAGUCAGGUUUAGGAGUGGAUGUCUUUAUUUUGUCAGUUCUGGAGAGCCGAUCUGUAUCUGUGUUCAUCCCUGGGAAGAAGUACGGCGAGGAAGCUGACCAGCAGCUUUUCUUUCCAGUCCAGUGCAGUUUCUGGGCCCUCACAGACUCCUCUCAGCGGUCUGGGAGGAUGGACCCAGCUAUACUGGGAACUGCAGAAAUGGGUCCUGUUCAAGCACGGCUGGCAGAAACCUUUGGCCUCGUCAUUCAGUGUGGAGACAGGGUGGGAGAGCAGGGCGUAUUCGCCCAGGCUGUCCACACCCUCCAGCAGGCUGUACAGCAUGGAAGUCGCCCCCAUCCAUCUUGCUGGGGGUUUUCCAGUGACGAUUACAAGGAGUUGGUGGCUCAUUCUCGGGGUUUGCAAGCGGAGCUCAGCCCUGAAGCAAAGAAACUGAUCCAUGGUUACUACAUGGCGAGCCGUCGAGCUCGGACUCAGAGUCAGGGUGUCAAGAUUUCUCUGGCCUCGAUCAAACUGUUAAUCUCUUUGGCUGAGGCCCACUGCAAGUUAUGCCUCAGGACUAAGGUACUGGAGGAAGAUGCAGUGAUCGCUGUGCUCCUGUGUGAAAACUCUGUCACUCUCAAGCACGGGGCUUCUGCCCUCGUCGUUCCACCCGACGCGGUUUUUCCUUGCGACUUGGGAGAUGUGGAUGGUCUACGAAGGAGAGACGCAGCUCUGGACGAGCUCCACCAGAACAUCUUGCGCUUCGUCUACACAUUCGCACCAGGAGCAGAUUCGUACAUUACAGAGGAGUAACGUCUCAAUAUAUUUCAUAAGUGUUCGAGUCAAAUGGGCAAUAUAGGUGGUGGCUAGUAUCAACACGUCGAGUUUGGACAGCUUGGUAUCCGGCGGCACUGACGGCAAAGUCCUCUGGAGCUCCAAGAA